AUGGCGAUCAGCAAGAGGAAGACGGCGUCGCCUCUGACGGAUCUCCCCGACCACCUCCUGACCGAGAUCCUUCUCCGGCUGCCCGUCCCGGCCGACCUCGCCCGCGCCUCCGCCACCUGCGUCUCCUUCCGCCGACUCGCCACCGAACGGUUCCUCCUCCACCGCUUCCGUCGCCUCCACGAACCACCACUCCUCGGCUUCCUCGAGUGCGACGGGUUCCAUCCUGCCCUGCCGCCUCACGCGUCUGCGCCCGCCGCCCGCGCGCUCGCCCUCGCCGCCGACUUUUCCUUCUCCUUCCUCCCCUCCCACUGCCGCUGGACUGUCCAGGACUGCCGCGACGGCCGCGUCCUCCUCAAUCGGGGCUCACAGCCCUCUGUCUUCCAGGAGCUCGCGGUAUGCGACCCCUUGCACCGUCGGUACAUCUUGCUUCCCCCGGUACCUGACGACCUAGCCCAUUCGGUUGAGCACCUGCUCCCCAAGUACAACAGGUCUCGGUGCAAGCCUUUCCUCGUUCCCCUCCGCGAGGAGGAGACAGCGGAAGAGACAGCAUUCAAAGUCAUCUGGAUGGCUCAUUGCAAAACUAAGCUGUCUGCUUUCGUCUUCUCUUCGAGCACCGGAAUAUGGCAAGCUGCUGCAUCCAAGAGUUGGAAUGAUUUGGCCCUUGACAUUGACGACUUGGUCAUGAUGCCACAGCUCCACCCUUCUUUUCUCAGGCGCCAUUAUGCUUAUGGUUGCUUCUACUGGGACUGGGUGAUAAUCAGGAGUGAAAAGUUGCUGGUGCUUGACAUCCGGAGCAUGGAGUUCUCCAUUGCUAAUCUACCACCUGGAGAUUGGAGUAAAAAAGGUGUAGCCAUUGUAGAGGCAGGGGAAGGCAGGCUUGGGAUUUUUGCAGCUAUGCCAUUGCACGAAAUAAAGGUGAGAGUCCCAUCCAGUGGCAGAUGGACAAGACAAUCUCACUAG